GUUCAUUUGACCACGGAACAGCGAACAGCGGCUCAUUUGACCGCGGUUGUGUUUCGGUCAAGCGUGGGUCGUGGUUAACAGCAUUUAGUUCAUUCUAAAACGUGAAUAAAUUACCACAUUUAUUUUGAGGGUAAACUGCCUUCGAUCGUUUUUACAGGAGGCACAUGUGAAAUUCACAGGUGAGCGUUUGGAAGCACCGUGGAUGGAGAGAUGUGGACCGGUGUCUGGUAGGAUCUGACGGAUGUCUCCAUGGAGAUCAUCCAGGCUACCCAGGCUCCCAUGGUGCUCCAGGUCACCCCCACAGGAGCCACCUGGAACAGCAGCUUCUCUUCUCACUCGCAUGUCCUGCUCCUCUCCACUCCGUCUCAACAGCUGUUUGGAUUAACUCAUAACAGCUCCUUCCUCAACAGCACCUGCCAGAACUGCACCAAACAGGAAGCCGUGCUUCAGCCCGGCCUGGCGGGAAUCCUCAUCGCGCUCAUCUACGGGGUGGUGUUUAUCGUUGGCCUGGUGGGGAACACCCUGGUCAUCCACGUGAUCGUCAACUACACCAAGAACGAGUCCGUCACCAACAUCUACAUCCUGAACCUGGCCAUCGCAGACGAGCUCUUCAUGCUGGGCCUGCCCUUCCUGGCGGUCCAGAACGCCCUGCUGUCCUGGCCCUUCGGGUCGGUGAUGUGCCGCGUCGUCAUGACGGUGGACGCCAUCAACCAGUUCACCAGCAUCUUCUGCCUCACCGUGAUGUCGGUGGACCGCUACCUGGCCGUGGUCCACCCCAUCCGCUCCUGCCUGUGGCGGCGCCCCCACGUGGCCAAGGGCAUCAGCGCCGCCGUGUGGGCCGGCUCCUUCGUGGUGGUGCUGCCCGUGGUGGUGUUCGCCGACGUGCUGCAGGACGACGGGAACUGCAGCAUCGUGUGGCCGGAGCCGGCGGAGGUGUGGAAGACCACGUUCAUCGUGUACACGUGCACCGUGGGCUUCUUCUGCCCGCUGCUCGUCAUCUGCUUGUGCUACCUGCUGAUCGUCAUCAAGGUGCGAAGCGUUGGGAAGCGGGCCCAGGCCACGUCCACGCGCCGCAGGAAGUCGGAGCGUAAGAUCACCAGGAUGGUGGUGGUGGUGGUGGCCGUGUUCGUGCUGUGCUGGCUGCCGUUCUACGUCCUGAACGUGGUCAACCUGGUGGUGCUGCUGCCCGGACACUUCCGGGGCCUCUACGUGUCCGUGGUCCUGCUGUCGUACGCCAACAGCUGUGCCAACCCCAUCCUCUACGGCUUCCUGUCCGACAACUUCAAGCGAGGCUUCAGGAAGGCCCUGUGCCGCACGUCCCGCAGGGUGAGGAGCAACGAGCGGGCCGGCACCGAGGCGCAGCGGGCCACGGACGAGUGGGGCGCCUUCGUGUACCAGAUGCAAAACAGCGGCAGAAGCGCCAGCGCGCAGAGGAAGAACUGCGGUGAGAAAGACGUGGAGGAGGAGGAAGUGAGCGCAGAAGACGGGUCCAUGCAGAUGAGUGAACAAAAUGGAAGCCACGGCGGAGCAGACGGGCCGAGGACGCGGGUCAGGCAGAGGGGGACGAUGGAGGCGUCAGCAGACCUGACCCGGAGAGGCCCAGGCUGUGGUUCAGCUGAAGCCGUGUGCUCCACGGUCCCACACAGCAGGUCACAGCCCGACAUGAACUCAGUGCUGGAGAUCAGCUGCCUGUAGCACGACAGCGCGGUGCUCGGACGCAUGCUGGAUGUACGGAGGUGCAGACUGUGGAGGUUGUUUAUUCAUGUUGCUACAUUCGUUUCCUCAGAUCAUGUUGAAUACAAUAACAGUCUGUGGGUUAAUAACUAUUAGGACAAAACAGACGUGAUGCAUUUAGACCAACGUAACUUGAAUCAAAGCUUAUUAAAUGAUCAUUCUGGAGGUUCAGGUUUCUCUCUUCUGUCUAAUUGUGUGACUUCGACAGUGAGAUGAUCAUUUGCAUAAUAUCUCAGAUUUGACAGCUGUUCACACACUUUGCUGUUCUAUAGAAUUCUAGUGAAGCUUUUAUUUUGUGCAUCAAAAGAUACAAUCGUUGUUUUGUUCCGUCUUGUUGAAGAAGAGGGUCAGUAACUGUACUGACAUCACUAAUGCACCAUAUGAGUCAUGAUGCAGUUAACGACCAAACUGAAAGGAAAAUGUCGACUAUAUUUACUUUUUAAUUUCUCUGCUUUGGCUUUUGUGAACAGCCCACGAAGGUGAACUGCUCUGUUUUCACAUCUGCAGCUCAGUGCUGCUGCUGAACUGUUGUGUAACUGUUCUCGUACUGAACGAGUCUCGGGGUGUAAUUACAUCAAAGCAAAGCUACAGAGUAAUAGGUUUCCUUCUUUAAGAUGAAAAAUGAGCGAGACCCUGCUUUAGUCUGAACACACUGAGGCACGAGGCUUCACCUGUGUAUGUCUGACUUCAAUAUGGACACGGAAAAAUACAGAAUAUGGAAAAUGAGCAAACAGCAGAAUGUGGUUCCUUUAAAACCGGUGAUACUGCAAAAUCAUUAUGGAGUAGGAUUUAAUGGUAAUCAAUGAUAUAGAUUCUAAACACCAAAGAUAAUAAAGGUGUCUGUUCUGGCACCUUGAACACAUCAAGUGUCCUUCUAGAAAAGUGAUUUUUACGUUAGGAUUCUGCUUUAUACGAGUAGAUAAACACUAAAACACAUGAAAUGUGAAGAAGCUGUGGUUGUUAUGGUUGUUAAGGCAUGUUGUGUUGUGUAAUGCAGCUUCUGUAUUUCAUGUUUUUUAGGCUCAUAGAUAUAAAGUGAUCCCAGAUUAACGUGUCCAGCUUGUUUUGUUGUACCGGUGUCACAACUGAGAUGUUGUAUGUUGAGCUUUGGAGGAUUGUGUGCUGUGCUCAGCUCUGGCUAAAUAAACGUUCACAGGUCAGUCUGGACAACAGAAA